UACCAUUCUUUCCUUGUCUCAGGUAGUGUCAAUUCUCCAUUAGAUUGGACUGAAGAUGAAUGGCAUAGCAAUUUGUCCACUAAUUUAACCGGCUCAUGGCUAGUUUCUAAAUAUGUCUGCAAACUUAUGCGAGAUGCUAAAGUUAAGGGAUGUGUGAUCAAUAUGUCGUCCAUUACUGGACUUGAUCGUGGACAAUUACCUGGAGGCUUGGGUUAUGUUGCUUCGAAAACUGGUCUUAAUGCCAUUACCAAGGUGAUGGCAUUGGAAUUGGGGGUGUUUGGUAUACGAGUGAAUUCUAUAUCACCUGGGUUGUUUAAAUCUGAGAUAACUGCAGGACUCUUACAAAAAGACUGGCUCGUGAACGUAACGAAGAGGACAAUACCUUUGAAAAACUCUGGAACGGUAGAUCCUGCACUAACAUCGCUUGUGCGAUAUUUGAUCCAUGACUCCUCAGAGUAUGUGACUGGCAACAUCUUCAUAGUUGAUGCGGGUGCCACCCUCCCAGGCUGUCCCAUCUUCUCCUCUCUCUGAGCAUCUCUUAUGUAUAUUUGUGUAUUUGUUUUCUGAUAUGGAACUGAAGUUUUCUCUAGUUGAGUCCAUUAGUUUUAAGAUUUGUAGUUUGAAUAUAGGAAGUGGAUGUAAUUUCAGCAAAAUCAAAGAACGGCACAAUAAAUUUAGGAAGAGAACACUUUUUAUUGAAAGAAUUAUGAAGAAACAUACAAGAUA